AGUUAACCAAACCCAACCACAGUUGUCUAAAAACUUGGACGGCCAUUUUCUUGCCCCAGCCACGUUGCUUGAGCAAUUGCCAGCGAAGAGAAGCGUUCUGAUUGCUGAUCGACGUGUUAUGAGAAUAUAAAAAUGUCGCGUUUCUAUCAACGACCUGAAAAUGCACUCAAAAGAGCAAAUGAGUUCAUUGAAGUGGGGAAACCUAUUCGAGCCUUGGAUGCCCUAGCUGAAGUUAUUAAGAGCAAGAAAUAUCGGUCAACAACUUAUUCAGAAAAAGUGCUAGAACCCAUAAUGAUCAAAUACUUGGAACUUUGUGUGGAUUUGAAAAAGGCGUACAUGGCUAAGGAAGGCUUGUUCCAAUACCGUAACAUGUGUCAAUCUGUAAAUGUUGCAUCAUUAGAAAAUGUUGUACGAUUCUACCUUAAUUUAGCUGAGGAAAAAACAGAAGCAGCACGUCAAGAAUCCCAUCAAGCUGUUGUGGAUAUUGAUGAUCUGGACAAUGUUGCUACUCCUGAAAGUAUACUUCUGAGUGCUGUCAGUGGAGAAGAUGCCCAAGACAGGUCUGACCGUGUGAUUUUGACUCCAUGGGUCAAAUUUCUUUGGGAGUCAUACAGACAGUGUUUAGAGUUGCUUCGAACUAAUUCGAGGGUUGAGAAACUGUACCAUGAUACUGCUCAACAUGCCUUCAAGUUUUGUCUGAAGUAUGCUCGGAAAACCGAGUUUCGUAAGCUCUGCGAGAAUCUAAGGUCUCAUCUUGCUUUGAUGGUGAAAGGAACCCCAUCUGUAACUGCUGUUAAUUUGAGUAAUCCUGAGACUCAACAAAUGAAUUUGGAAACCAGACUCUUGCAACUUGAUUUCGCCAUUCAAAUGGAGUUGUGGCAAGAAGCAUAUAAAGCCAUUGAAGACAUUCACGGAUUAAUGAUAUUGGCUAAGAAAAUGCCCCGUCCUCAACAAAUGGCUCAAUACUAUCAGAAAAUUGCCCUCGUUUUCGGAAAGUCUGGAAAUCAUUUGUUCCACGCUGCAGCUCUGUUUCGGCUUUUCCAACUGUCACGGGACUUGAAAAAAAAUAUUACGACUGAAGAACUUCAAAAACUUGGAUCGCGCGUACUUGUUGCAACUUUAGCAGUACCAUUACCCUCUGCACACCCUGAAUUUGAUCGUUUCAUUGAAACCGAGAAAAGUGCUAUGGAAAAAACGCAAAAACUAGCUACUCUUCUUCAUUUGAAUCAGCCUCCUACACGUAAUGGAUUGAUUAAAGAUUUGGUUCGCCUUGGUGUGGUAGCUACUGCAAUGCCUCAGUUGCAGCAGUUGUAUCAUUUCUUGGAGGUAGAGUUCGACCCAUUACAUUUAUGUAACAAAGUCAAGAACAUUCUAGCGUUUAUGGCCGAAGUCGAAGAGACAUCUUAUUUGAACCAAUAUAUUCAUGCCUUGGAAGAAAUCACGCUUACCAGAUUGGUAAAGCAAAUAGCCCAGCUCUACUCGACUAUCCGAUUCGAACGUUUGGUGCAAUUGGCUCCCUUUGCAUCUCCAUUUGACUUGGAACGCAUUGUUGUUAAUGCAGUCCGUCAUACCGAUAUGCAAAUAAGGAUUGAUCACCGUAACAAUUGUCUUCACUUCGGCACUGAAUUAUUUGAAGCUCAACGCGAAGAUUUACCAGAAGGACCGACUCUACAGGCUAUGCCUUCUGAACAGAUACGUACGCAUUUGAUUACAAUGUACUGCGUUCUCAACAAAGCGACAAUUGCUGUUGUUGGUAAUGCUCCUACUAAAGAAGAAAGACAGUUGAAAGUCCAGAUCGCUGCACUUUAUCAUCAAAAUAAAGCUAGAGACCACCACCAACUUCUUAGCCGUCAAAAGAUUAUUGAAGAUCGCAAGGAAUACCUUGAAAAAUUGAAUACUGAACGUGAAGAAGAAGAAGGUCGUCGUCAGGAGGAGCUGAUAAGGCAGCAGUUGCUAGCAGAACAACGCCGUCUUGAAGCUGAGCGACAAGAACGAGAGAGGCUUCGUCAAGAAGCAGAACUUCGCCAAGUUCAAGCAAGGCAUCUCAAAGAGAAGGUUGCUCAGUUUAGCCAAACAGCAAUUGGGCAAAAAGUUAUUAAAAAAAUGGAAGAUGAAGAUAUAUCAAAAUUAGAUCCAGACUUGAUAAUGGCGCGCCAAUUGGAAGAAUUGGAAAAAGAAAGAAAGGAAUUACAAACUAAGUUGAGGAGCCAGGAAAAAAAAAUUGAUCACUUGGAACGCGCCAAACGUAUUGAAGAGAUUCCUCUUUUGGAGAAAUAUCUAGCUGAACGUAAGGUCCAAGAUAAAUUGUUAUGGAAACAGCAAGAAGAAGAAAGAAUUGCCCAACUUCAAGAAGAACGCAAAGUGGCAAUGUUACAUCGUGACCGUUUGAUGCGUAUGCGAGUCGACAAAGAAAAGUUUAUAGAUAACUUGAAAUCGGCUCGUAGAAGCGUUUUUAAAGAGAAAUUGGCUGAAUUUGAAACCAUGUAUGAUACGGUGAGAUCUGACCGUUUAAAACAACGCCGAGAACAGAGACGGGAACAGCGGCGCAUUCAAUGGAUUAAAGAAAAAGAAGAAGCGGAACAAAGAAAGCGUGAUGAAGAAUUGAAAAGACAGAGAGAAGAAGCUGAGCGCAUUGAACAAGAACGCCGCCAGGCAGAACUUGAUGAACUUCGUAAACGACGUGAAGCUGCUGAUCAAGUUUUGUUGAAGCAACGCGAACGCGAACGUGAAAUAGAGGAAAAGCAAAAGCGGCGAGAAGAAGAGGAACGUGAACGGGAGCGUGAAGUCCGUGAUAAAGAAAGAGAGCAUGUGAAUCCAUCGUUGAAAGAACGCCCUUCGGAAUCUAGUUGGCGCAGAGGCCCAGCUGAAAAUUCGGAUGGGAGACAGGCAGAGCCCUACAAACCACCCAAAGAGGCGAAGUGGCGGAAUAAUCGGAGUGAAAAGUAUUCUUCUCGUCCGGAAGCUGAUGAUGUUGAACGUCGUGAUAGGGACGACAGAGAUCGCCGAGAAGUUGAGGAACGUCGUGAUCGUGAAGAUCGUCAAGAUUGGAGGAGUUCCAAGGAAGUGGAACGUCCUCGCGAGAUUCGACAAGACAGAGGUGGGCGCGAUUUCGCUGCUCUUAGAGAUCCUGCUAGAAAAAAUAUGGACAUGGAUCGUCAACCGCAAUUUCGAGAUGAAGAAAAACCUCGUAGAGAUGAACGCGAAAUCCGUCGUGCAGCUCCACCAUUCGCUUCUCGAGACGGCGAAUCGAAUUGGAGAGUUUCUCGUGGGCCGGUAGAACGUCAACCGGACAGAGGAGAUCGCGAUCGUCAACCGGACAGGGGAGAUCGUGAUCGUCAACUGCGAUCUGAUCGAGAGGAUGUAAGUGGGCGUUCUUCACGCCCGGUUACUGAUCGUGAAGAUCGUGAGCGACCUUUAAUUCGCUCAAACGAUCGGGAACGCGAAAAGCCCAAAAUUGAACGAAAAGAGAUCGACGACGAAGGAUUUACUAAAGUGAGUAAUCGACGAUAAACUUUUCACAACAAUUUUGAUGUCUUCCUGAGGAAACUUGAUAAAAUUGGGAGUUUUUCGGUAUUCAGUAUAUAUUUUUUCUUCAUUUCUGUUAGAAUCUUAACAUUAAUCAUCAGCUUUGCCUCAAUCAUUGGAACAGCCAAAUGGUUAUCGAAUACACAAGUUUCCUCAG